AUGGCCAAGCUCGCCGUCGCGGCCGCGCUCUACGCCCUCCUCCUGGCGGUCUCACUGCCGCCCGUUCUCGUCACGGCGGAGUGCGACUGCUCGGACGACGCCGCCGCGGGCCGCGACAAGGCGGGGGCGCUGCGGCUGAAGGUCGUCGCCAUCUUCUGCAUCCUCGCGGGGGGCGCGGCCGGCGCGGCGGUGCCGUCGCUGGGGCACAGCAGGUUCCCCGCGCUGCGGCCGGACACGGACCUGUUCCUCGCCGUCAAGGCCUUCGCGGGCGGCGUCAUCCUCGCCACGGGGCUGGUGCACAUCCUGCCCGCGGCUUUCGACGCGCUGGGCUCGCCGUGCCUCGUCGCCGGGCCGUGGAACAGGUUCCCGUUCGCCGGGAUGGUCGCCAUGCUCGCCGCGAUCGCCACGCUCAUGGUGGACACGGUCGCCACGGGGUACUUCCGCCGGACGACGGUCGCUAGGAAGGCCGCCGCGGCGGUCGUCGACGAUCCAUCGGAGCUCGGGCAUUGCGACGGCGGGGACCCGGAGGCGGAGGCCUCCGACUCCGGCGGGCACCACGGGCACGUGCACGGGAUGUCCGUGCUCGCACCCGCGCCGACUACCGUCGACGACGAGCUCGUGCGCCACCGCGUCAUCUCUCAGGUGCUGGAGCUGGGCGUGGUGGUGCACUCGCUGAUCAUCGGGAUGUCCCUGGGCGCCUCCGAUUUCCCCAGCACGGUGCGGCCGCUCGUCCCGGCGUUGACGUUCCACCAGCUCUUCGAGGGCAUCGGCCUUGGCGGGUGCAUCGUCCAGGAGUGGUCAACCAGGGUCUUUUGUCCGCAAAACAACUGCACCAUCAAUUGCGAAGGCCAAGUUUCGCCUCAGGUCAAUGGUAGCGAUGGCACUCUUCUUCUCGCUGACGACCCCGAUCGGCAUCGGCAUCGGCAUCGGGAUAUCGUCCGCGUACGACGAGACGAGCCCGACGGCCUGGUCGUGCAGGGCUUCCUCGAGGCCGCGGCCGCGGGGAUCCUGGUGUACAUGGCGCUCGUCGACAUCCUCGCCGAGGACUUCAUGAGCGCCCGGGUGCAGAGCAGAGCGCGCCUGCAGGUUGUGCUGAACACCUCGCUGCUGCUCGGAGCUGGCUUGAUGUCCAUGCUCGCCAUCUGGGCUUGA